AUGGCUUCCUCGCCUGAUCACGAAGCGUAUUUGGCUGGUUUUGAAACUUUAAUUGCAAAUAUGUUUCCCAUUGAUCUAACUUUUGAUGUGACAGAUGUUGAGUUAAACGACAUUAAGAUGCUAGUAAUUGACUUCAAGCUUCAAGUUCAAUAUGCUGUAUCACAGAAUGAGACAAAGACGAUAGAUUUUUUUGGUGCUAUUAAUGGAUUGAAGGAUUUUAAGGAGAUUUACUACUGGGAUGGUAUAACGUAUAAAAAUACCGCAAGAGAUGAACUUGAAUAUAUUCGAAAUGUGUCUAUGCACAUCGACCGACUACAAGGAAUUUGUGAUGCUGCUGUGGGUUUGAGCAUGAGGAAAAAGGUGAUUUUGCAACCUCACCAAAGCAUUUCAGAACAACACAUAAUGUUGACUGACUUUGAAGGUGCUACAAGAAAAAACGAAGUAGGGUUCUGCAUUUGGACUAGCAAAGAGUUCCACCAGUACCAGGUUGUUGGGAGGAAGCUCCCUACGGCAUCUGAUGAGCACCCCAAGAUUUACUGA